AACUUUUUUUCCCCUCCACCACCCAAGUUUCUUUUUGUUUUUUUAUUUCUGUAUGACUGGGUGUGCCACUCCUCUGUAACAUGAGAGCCACAUGACCAAUAGGAAGACAAACAGUCUGGAAGUUAGUGUAUUUCUUCCGCAAACUUUAAAAGUUUUUGCUGUGUUUUAAGAGGAGCCAGCGAGUAGGCCACAGUCCAACAGCACUGGUAAAGAACUGUAAAAUCAGACUGAGAGACAUAUGCAAAGAUGGCAAACCAGCUCCAGCAGCUUGUAGCAGAGAAGAAGGAUAUGGUGGAGACUGUGAUGGAAUUGUUUGAACAGGGAGCUGAAGUGGUGGCCAGUAUCGCCGGUGACCUCUUCCCCGUUUUCUCCAUUGCUGCUCCAAUUGUUAAACUGGCUCUGGACAAUGUGGAAAGCAAAGAGGCGGUAUUCAUGAAGGAGCAGUUCCAGAAGGUCCGAGAGCGCCUGGAGGUGGUCUCAGAGGAGAUUCAGCGGAUCAACGAUGAGAUCAAGAAGAGCGGACUGGAUGCUGUGUAUUUCCCACUGGAAGAGAACAUCACCAACCAGUUCAGGAAGUACAUGGACAUCCUUAAUGCCAAGCCCAAGUUUAGGGAAGUCAAGAAGAAGCUUUUCCUGGAGCAUUUUGCCAAGACCGGCGGUGACAAAAACAUUAACACCCUCUACAACUCUGUGACCGGAGAAAACUUCUCUGGGGAAUCUGUGCUUGAGAUCACCCUGAACUACGAGGAGAAAAGUCGCCGGCCGAUGGAGGACUUCUGUGCCAGGUUGAAGAAUCUCUUCUGCAUCGGGCUUAUCGCGCUGUUGGGCCACGCCGCUCUGAAGGGAUAUGAUGAGGAGGAGGCGCUUCUGAAAGAGUGGGGUGAGAAGAUGAAAGUUGUCCAGAAUAAAAUGAAUGCUGUCAUUGAAGACUGCAUCGUCAGCUUCCCCAAACAGGCUGAGCUGGAUUCCCGUCGACUGGUGAGAGACCAGUCGGACUUAACCAGCCAGCAGCUAGCUGAUGCUAUCAUAGAGAAACUAAAGAAGAAAUAUGACUGGGUGGGCUGGUCAGUGCGUAUAUUCAAGUCUCCUUCAGGCCUGUUCGCCAACAAGAAGGAUUACCACUGCUCGACAGGGAAGAGUCGCUUCCAGGUCCCUUCAUCAGAUGAGAAACUUAACGUCUGGGUGUCCUACAGCUCCUCGGCUGAGCCUGUAGAUAAGAAUCACAUCGAGCAGCUGAUCCAGAGUCAGAAGAAACCCACGGUGGUGGGCGUAGCAGAGCUCCUGUUUGAGAAGUUGCCCGGCGACUGCAUUGUCCACACGAUCAAAACCAGCAAAGACCUGGCCUGCUGCUGGAGCUUCACAGAUGAGCUCCACUACUGGGAGGAGCACAAAAACUUCUACGUCUGCGUUCACUCGGCUUGAAGUUUUGGACACUAAAAAAACUCUCCAAAGUCAGUCAUUCUAUGUUUGUAGGCUACUUCAUAUUACACGGUUAAUCACAGUCUACCGCUGCCUGUCUGCGUGGCCUUAGCACUGAAAUAUUAUAUGCCUUAAUUUCACCUCUCUUGUAGUCUUUUUUAAAACUGAAUUAUUUUCUUUUUCUAAGAAUGUUUACUGUUAGUUUCUUGCAGACGUGGGGGUGCAUCAAAGUGAAGUCAAGUCAAUUUUAUUAAUACAGCCCAACAAAAAAAAAAUCACAAGUUUGAAAAAAGGGCCUUUAAAAUCUGUGCAGCAUACGACACCCUCUAUCCUCAGAUCCUCAAUUCCGGUAAGGAGAAACUCAGGAAGAGAAAAAUAGGAGGGAUCCCUCUUCCAGGAUGAACAGACACAACAGAUGUCAUGUGUGCAGACUUACACUAGAAAGAAAGUAACAUAACUGCAUUCUUAAAGUAUAAUGGCCUUUUUGAUCCCAUGCAGCUGUGAUUUGCUUAUUUCUCAGAACAGAAAGAAGAGCUUACUCCUUUUUUAGGCUGUAUUUUAUCUCAGUAUCUCUUUUUGUAAUGAAAUUAGUAAACUGUUUAUUGUAAUAAUCUACAACUUGAGGGUUGCAGAGAAAUUCUGGUGUAAGAUCUAUAUUUUCUUCUGAUCUAUAUUUUCUACUGUCGCUAUAAAUUUCAGGGGGACGUGGUUGUUUUGUUUCAGUGGGACACGUUGGGAAAGUUGUUGAGAGCUUAGAAUCCGGCUGCAGACAGAGAUUAUGUUUUGCCGGUAGUGAUAAGCGUUGACCUCGCCCUGUUGACGACAUAUAUACCAAAGUCAUGAGAGAGAAAAUUUUCAUUUGACAAAAAUAGUAAACCUUGUUACUGCCUGCUGUGCAGCACAAAGACUUUUGUCUCUUGUGCAAAGAAAGCACAAGAGACAAGGCCUUAUUUGCAUAGUGAACUGGUACCCAUGAAGCUUUAUUUACACACCUCACCAUAAACAUGCCAAGGCUUAGUGACAGCAACACUUUGUUUACAUACAGAUGCCUAGCAUAGAUAUUCUUGUGUUUCAUCUUUACCUGUGUGGUUGUGUCACACAAACCAGACAGUUGUACUUGCUCAAAACUUUAGCAUCAAAACUUUAUACAUUAUGUUGUACUUUUACACAGGAUUUACUUUUAAACAAGAAUAAACAGUUAGUGGUAUUUAGGACUACGUAAAUUUAGGGAUCUGUUUUUGACAUUUUGAUAUAAAUUUGUACAAACUGACAAUGACAUUGACACUACAUUUUAAUAGCUAAGUUGACUGUGCAGAAAGAUUCUGUUUAUAAUCUUAGAUGCCCCCUCACCUGUUUUGAUCAUUUGUGUUGUUGUUGUACGCCACUGUAAUCUGUGUUUCUUUUUUUGUUUGUGUAUGUGUUGUGUUUGUGUUAUUAACUAUUUGAAAAUGUCAUUAUCUUACCAAAACUUUCCCCAUAUUUACUCUAAAAUUAAUGAAAGAAAGUGUUGCACUUUUGUUUUAUAUUAUAUGUAUUUCCAAACAGUAUAUUUGGGUUGUUAGUGUUCCAAAUUCAAAAUCUUGUUGGUAAAUCAAAGCAAUCAAUGUAAUAAAUCUUCACUUUAAACUCGUA